AUGGCAGCGAAGCGCAAGGCCUCGGCGAUGGGUGCGGCUGUGGAUGAGGAACCGGCCGACCCAUCGGACGAGCUCGCGUUCUACUGUCUAGGUGGUGGCAAUGAAGUCGGGCGUUCAUGUCACAUCAUCCAGUACAAGGGAAAGACAGUCAUGCUCGAUGCGGGAAUGCACCCAGCAAAGGAGGGCUUCUCUGCGCUCCCGUUCUUCGACGAAUUCGACCUGAGCACCGUGGACAUUCUCUUGAUCAGCCAUUUCCACGUGGACCACUCAUCCGCACUCCCCUAUGUCCUCAGCAAAACCAACUUCAAGGGCCGUGUCUUUAUGACGCAUGCGACAAAGGCCAUCUACAAAUGGCUGAUCCAGGACAACGUUCGGGUCAGCAACACUGCCUCCUCAUCAGACCAGCGCACUACCUUGUACACCGAACGCGAUCACCUCUCAACACUCCCGCUGAUUGAAACAAUCGAUUUCAACACAACCCAUACCAUCAACAGCAUUCGCAUCACGCCCUUCCCGGCCGGUCAUGUCCUGGGCGCUGCCAUGUUUCUCGUGUCGAUUGCCGGCCUAAAUAUCCUGUUCACCGGUGACUACUCCCGCGAGGAGGAUCGGCACUUGAUUCCCGCAGAGGUGCCCAGAGGGAUUAAGAUUGAUGUUCUCAUUACCGAGUCAACGUUCGGUAUCUCAUCCAACCCGCCUCGGCUGGAACGCGAGGCUGCGCUGAUGAAGUCCAUAACGGGCGUUUUGAACCGCGGAGGCCGGGUGCUGAUGCCCGUGUUCGCUUUGGGCCGUGCUCAGGAGCUGCUCCUCAUUCUGGACGAAUACUGGGAGAGACACCCCGAGCUUCAGAAGAUCCCUAUCUACUACAUCGGAAACAUGGCACGUCGGUGCAUGGUAGUGUACCAAACAUACAUUGGUGCUAUGAACGACAACAUCAAGCGGCUGUUCCGGCAGCGUAUGGCCGAGGCCGAAGCCAGAGGCGACAAGAGCGUGAGUGCAGGGCCAUGGGACUUUCGAUUUGUCCGAAGUCUGCGGAGCCUGGAGCGAUUUGACGAUCUUGGCGGGUGUGUGAUGCUGGCUUCACCGGGUAUGUUGCAGACAGGCACGAGCCGUGAGCUACUCGAGAGGUGGGCACCAAGUGACCGCAAUGGUGUGGUCAUGACCGGUUACAGCGUUGAAGGGACUAUGGCCAAGCAAUUACUCAACGAACCCGAACAAAUCCCGGCUGUGAUGUCCAAAGGACCCGCCGGGCAUGGGCGAGGUCGAGUUCCUGGGGGUAAUGACGAGGAACAGAAGUUUAUGAUUCCGCGCCGAUGCACCGUCGAUGAGGUCAGCUUUGCGGCCCAUGUUGACGGUGUGGAAAACCGUAACUUUAUCGAAGAGGUCGCCGCGCCGGUUGUGAUCCUCGUCCACGGUGAAAAACACCAGAUGAUGCGACUCAAGUCAAAGUUACUUAGCCUCAACGUCGACAAAACUGUUAAGGUCAAGGUAUACACACCUGCCAACUGCGACGAAGUUCGCAUUCCCUUCAGAAAAGACAAGAUCGCCAAGGUCGUCGGCAAACUGGCGCAGGUGGCCCCUCCCUUGGAGCAGAACGACAGUCAAUUGAUGGCUGGAGUGCUGGUUCAGAACGGCUUCGACUUGUCACUGAUGGCUCCAGACGAUUUGCGGGAGUACGCCGGCCUGACCACGACAACCAUUACAUGCAAGCAGCACAUCACCCUUAGCUCUGCCAGUAUGGACCUGAUUCGAUGGGCUCUCGAGGGUACCUUUGGGGCGAUUGAGGAGGUCGGCACCAACAUCGAGUCGGAGCCAAGAGAAGAGCCCGGCAACGAGGCUGACGAGUCAAGCCUAAAGCAAGAGGCCGUUGACGGUGAAAUCCCAAUGGAGGGAACACAAACCUUCCUCGUCAUGGGCUGUGUGGUUCUUCGUCAUCAUGCGCGCACGCGCGAGAUCGAGUUGGAGUGGGAGGGGAACAUGAUGAAUGACGGCAUCGCCGAUGCAGUGAUGGCUGUUCUCUUCACUGUGGAAAGCAGCCCAGCCUCCGUGAAACAAUCCGCCAAACAUAAACAUCAUCACCACGAUGAUGACAUUCCCACUCCUCCCAAUCCCCAUUCCCAGCUUGAAUCUGCAGAACGGCUUGAGCGUCUAUUGAUGAUGCUCGAAGCACAAUUUGGCUCUGAGAUUGCGCCAAUUGAGCGCCCGCGCGUCCCGGCGGACCUCGCAAACGGCACACACGAAAAUGGAGGCGACCAGACGGAAGCGAAUCUUGAACGCAUUGCCGAUAUCGAGUCUGCGGAGCUUGAUCGCCUUCAAGCCCUCGGCAUUCCCGUCCCGGGGAUUGAAAUCAAGGUCGACAAGCAUGUUGCCCGCGUGUGGCUCGAGAAUCUGGAGGUUGAAUGUGCCAAUGCCGUUCUGCGGGAUCGCAUCCGGGUCGUUGUUGAGCGGGCUGUCGAGACGGUGUCCGGCUUGUGGGCCGCGAGCUCAAUGCCCAAAGAGGCAGCACUUAACGGCUCAGCUCAAGAGCCGAUGGAGAUGGCGAUACAUGCUGCUGCGAAGAAGGCGGCCGCCAUCGAGGCUUAG